GUUAUGUACGGCGGCCGUGAAACCCGACACCCGGCGCUCUCCACAGCUGCUCUCCAAACUACUAUUUAAAAAAGGAGAAACUUCCACUCCUGACUCCUCAAACCCCCCAAGCACCAAACAUCCAGUAGCUGCUGUAGCCGUUGCCAACCCGGCAUAAAUGCCUACAGCACCCGGGCAGGACCGGACAGAAUCGCCCGCGGAUUAUUCCCGUCGCUCCACGGGAGGGAUUUAUGGUGGUGUCGCGCAGCAGACCGGUGGGAGAUCGCGCUCAUUCCGCACCACGGUUUAUCCGAUGCAUGAGACGACGGCUCGCACUUUCGGGCAGCGACGCAGUCACGCAGAUUAACGGAUCAGGAUUUUGACUGCCGGGACAAAUGAAUACAAAUGAAUUUAGCGACCCGAAGGAGAGUCCGCAGAACCUCUCGUCUGGUGGCAAAGAGAGCUCUUCUUCUGUGUAUUCUACUUUACUGUACUUCUUUCGGAUUCAGCCAAGUACUCUUUGAAGAUGUGGACGUGUUGCAGCGGUUGGCUCUGCGUGCUGAGCUCGGUUCUCGCACCGUUCCCGCUGGCGUCAUCUCCCUCCACUCUGGAGUCAUCCUCACCACACGGGCACGAGUUACCACGGCAACACGGAGCGUGUUCCCACCAGAACUCUUCUGGAACUGCACUAUCAUCCUGAGCGUACGAUCUCACCGCUUAAACUCAGCAUUUCUCUUUUCCGUCCUAUCGGGGAAACGGAUUCAGCUCGGGCUGGAAAUUUCACCCGGCAAGCUCACGCUUCACACCGGCCCUGUGAAUGCCGCAGUCUUCCCAUACAACCUCCACGAUGGGCGCUGGCAUCAUUUAGCCUUCGUUUUAAAUGGCCAAUCAGUGACCCUACACUCUCCCUGCUCGGAGAGCGAUGGGGGAGUUACGCAGAAACUCCUUGUACUUCCCGAACGCCUGAACCCUCGCGGGACCUUCCGCUUGGGCGGCACCAGCGCUUUGCUUCCAGGUGCGGUACCCUUCGAGGGCGCAGUUUGCCAGUUUGACGUGGUGCCCUCAGCACAAGCGCAGCAGAACUACUGCAGCGCCAUCCGCAGGCAGUGCAGAGAAAAUGACACCUACAGGCCAGUGCCUCCAGCUCUACUUCCCCUCCCGUCCCGACACGCCCCACCACUAUUGGCCCACACGUUACCACCUAAUCGCACUUUCACUUUCACUCCCACUAAUUUCCUUUGGACAUCCAUAAAUGGCGCACGAGGGUCUUCUGCAGUGAGAACGAGCGACGGUGUACCACCUAAACCCACGUCUACCACACCUCCACCCCUUUCCUUGAUGCAAACUGGACUUGAAACUCCUUUAUCUUGGGGAUAUUUAAAUUCUGUCACCCCCAAAUCUACUCUCAGGACACCCAAAAGCAGCAAGCCGACUGCCUCAAAGCCUGGAGCGGUCUGGCUUACCCCUACAAAACCAGCUGGAUCCAAACCCACUCCAGGAAAAACGUCUCCAAAGCUUAGUGCAACUAAGCCUUCCGGACCAAAGCCCACAAUUGCUCGACCUACUUCUUCCAAACCUGGAAGUUCAAAAACAACUGGUCCCAAACCUACGCCGCCAAAACCUUCCAAACCAGCAACUGUAAAACCCACGGUAAAGAAACCAACCCUUGCACCAAAGCCCACCAAGAUCAACCCAACGAAGAACAGUUCUACUGGUGCUCAACCUGUCAAUCCUAAAAAGAAACACAAUGGCAUUCUCAAACCGUUAUCCGGCCCAGAACCGACCGCGCCCAAAAGACCAUCUCCAACUAAUAAAAAGCCACUCCAGCUCAAAACAAGCACCCAACGCUCACCCCAAACCACACUCCCAACCCCAAAAUCCACUGCUGCCCCAAACACUACACCCAAAAAAAUCCUUCCGACACCCAAAUCCACACCGUUCACCACCGAUGCACCAAACAAACCACCAAAAACUCUGGAGACCCCCAAAGUCAUUCUUGAAAAGCCGAAAACACCUGUCACACCAAGCACUCCAAGGUUUGCCGUCCAAUCUGUGACUCUCCCAGCUUUCAAUGAUUUCCAGAGCUUUGAGGCAGAGCCCACAUACUUUUCGCUUCUGGUUGGACCGCCGGGACAAAAAGGAGAUCCUGGGAAAAUGGGAAUCCCGGGACCUCCAGGGAAACCAGGGCAGCCAGGGGCGAGAGGACCUCGGGGACCCCCAGGACCACACGGCAAGCCAGGUCGACCCGGUCCACCAGGGUUGAAGGGGAAAAAAGGAGACCCUGGACUUUCUCCUGGAAAAGCACCAAAAGGAGAAAAAGGAGAUGCUGGUGUGCCUGGUCCCGUCGGUUUAGUCGGGCCAGAAGGCCGUGAGGGACCAAAAGGCUAUCCAGGACCACCAGGCCUUCCCGGGGAACCAGGAGAACAAGGUCCUGUUGGAGAAGCUGGAGCCAAAGGCUAUCCUGGCAGGCAGGGUUUACCUGGUCCAAUAGGGCCUGUUGGGCCGAAAGGGGCUCGGGGUUUCAUUGGAAUCCCUGGACUCUUUGGUUUACCUGGAGCUGAUGGUGAAAGAGGUAGUCCUGGUCCACCAGGGAAGAGGGGCAAGAUGGGUAGGCCGGGUUUUCCUGGUGAUUUUGGAGAGCGAGGCCCACCAGGACUGGACGGGGAGCCAGGUGUUAUAGGUGCCCCUGGUCCUCCUGGUGUCCUUGGAUUGAUUGGUGAUAUGGGCCCUGUCGGGAUAAUCGGUGUGCCAGGACCAGAAGGGCUGAAGGGCGUCCCGGGGAACAUGGGCGAGCCCGGACUGAAAGGUGAUAAGGGUGAUGUCGGGCUUCCCGGAGAACAAGGGGAAAUUGGGUUCCCAGGAGACAAGGGUGUGCAGGGUUUGCCAGGCUUACCAGGACCUCGUGGAAAACCAGGACCACAGGGCAAGACAGGGGAGAGAGGGCCCAGUGGAUUACCAGGCCCACCAGGAGCAGAGGGUUUCCCUGGUGACAUCGGAAAACCUGGACUCAAUGGACCCGAGGGCCCAAAGGGUAAGCCUGGAGCCAGAGGUUUACCUGGACCUCGUGGAGCGGCUGGACGAGAGGGCGAUGAGGGUCCUGUAGGACCACCAGGGCCCGUAGGCCUCGAGGGUCUGAUGGGCAGUCAGGGUUUCCCUGGGGCUGCUGGACCUGAAGGGGUCAAAGGCGAGCAAGGUGUGACAGGAAACACUGGACCCAUGGGUGAGAGGGGUCUCGUUGGCUUCAUCGGUCCUGCAGGGGAGACUGGACUCGCUGGAGAGAAGUAUAAUGAUAUUCUAGGGAAUUGUGUUUCUAAUUUUAUAGCAACAGUUUGGACAGGACCCUUUUUGUAUUCUAACAUGACAAUGCCUCAAGGCCUCUUCUCUUUCAAGGUUCAAAGAGAAAUGAUUGAUUCAGUCAGUGUGGAAGAACUUGACAGGUCUGCAGAAAGCCAGCUUAAUGCAGGCCUUGAGCCAAAAACUCAUCAUCAAACACCAAUGACUUGUACAUACUGUAUGUUUUGUAUGGUGUGUUUUUGUGUUUUACAUGUUUCCCAUCACUUACAGGGGCACCCAGGAACCCCAGGAGAGAGCGGCCCACCAGGACCAGCAGGCAGUCCAGGCCCACUGGGAUCACGUGGACCCAUCGGCUUGAGAGGACCUAAAGGCAGACGGGGGCCUAGAGGUCCGGACGGUAUGCCAGGAGAACUCGGCGCUGAAGGCAUAAAGGGUUCUGAUGGUCCUCCUGGAAAAAUCGGUUUCCCAGGACAAGUGGGUAAGAUCGGGGAGCCCGGGGAGGUGGGGCCAAAGGGAUUUCCGGGCAUUCAAGGGCCAUCUGGGGCUACAGGAGACAAAGGAAUCGCAGGGGAGCCAGGACCUCCAGGGCCCCCAGGAACACUCGGGCCUCCCGGAAAUCCAGGGCCAAAGGGCCCUGCGGGAAAAGUUGGCGAUCCCGGACUUCCGGGAGAAUCUGGAGAAAAGGGGUCACUCGGGCCUGUGGGGAACGCUGGGGCAGCAGGACUGAUCGGAACGAGGGGUGAACCGGGUUUAGAAGGAGAGGCUGGUCCGGCUGGCCCUGAUGGUGCCAAGGGUGAAAAGGGCGACAUGGGUGGAGAGGGCGAGCAGGGGAACAGAGGUGACCCGGGAAUCAAGGGGAAAGAAGGGCCACCGGGCGACCCUGGGCUUACUGGCGUCAGAGGUCCUGAAGGAAAACCUGGUAAAAAUGGUGAGAGAGGGAAGCCAGGGAUUAAGGGUGCCAAAGGUAACAUCGGCCACCUGGGAGAGACUGGGGCCAUGGGAAAGAUCGGACCAAUCGGAACCACCGGACCAAAGGGCUCUCGAGGAACCAUCGGACAUGUGGGCGCUCCCGGGCGUAUGGGGAUGCAGGGAGAUCCGGGCAUAUCAGGAUAUGAGGGUCACAAGGGACCUCAAGGUCCAAUAGGACCCCCAGGACCAAAGGGUGAAAAGGGUGAACAGGGGGAUGAUGGGAAGGUGGAGGGUCCUACUGGUCCUCCAGGACUCCAAGGUCCAGUUGGAAAGCGAGGAGACAGGGGCGAACCGGGAGAUCCAGGAUAUGCGGGUCAGCAAGGUGUUGAUGGUUUUCGAGGCAAACCUGGAGCUCCUGGACUACCUGGUGAUCCUGGUCCACGUGGAAUACAAGGCCCUAAAGGAUCCAAAGGAGAACAGGGUCAGAAGGGUAAACAGGGUCAGCAGGGAGAGCGUGGCAGCAGAGGCUCACCGGGUGUUGUUGGGUUGCCCGGGCCGAGAGGCACAGUGGGUCGAGAAGGACAGGAGGGCGUUCCUGGCACAGAUGGGACCCCAGGAAAAGAUGGAAGCAGAGGAAUACCAGGCGAUCAGGGAGAUGAUGGCGAGUUUGGUUUGCCGGGUAAACCCGGAGCACCUGGCAAAGUUGGCGUUAUCGGUUUACCAGGCCCACAGGGAUCAUUUGGUCCAAAGGGUGAGAGGGGUCUUCCUGGUCAUCCUGGCCCUUCAGGAAAGAGAGGUUUUAAGGGAGGAAUGGGUCUUCCUGGAUCUCAGGGAGACCGGGGUCCUAAGGGCCAACCUGGUGACAUCGGGGAACCCGGCUUUCCGGGGAUGCUGGGAAUGUUUGGACCGAAGGGGCCUCCCGGAGACUUUGGACUGAAGGGCAUUCAGGGGCCUAAAGGGCCACAGGGCAGCAUGGGUAGAGGGGGUUUGGCUGGACCUGUCGGUGUGAUCGGCCCUGUCGGUAGUCCUGGCCGGAGAGGAGACACUGGCAGCAAAGGAGAGAUGGGUGUUCAGGGACCUCGAGGUCCACUAGGAAUCCCACCGGCUUUGAAACAAGAUUUUGGUCUUGGAUUGGCCCAGCCAGUUUUUAUGGAGACACACACACAGAAAAUAGAGGCUCGGGGUCUGAUGGACAUGCCCAUGUUGGAUCAGGCUCCAGAGAUCCUGCGGACUCUCCAUUACCUGAGCUCUCUGGUCCACAGCCUGAAGAACCCGCUGGGCACACGAGAUCAUCCCGCUCGACUCUGCAAGGACCUGCACGACUGCCGGGACACGCUCUACGAUGGCACUUAUUGGAUCGACCCAAACCUAGGCUGCUCCUCAGACUCUAUAGAAGUGACGUGCAGUUUCACCGGUGGCGGACGUACCUGCCUCAGGCCCAUCACCACAGCCAAGCUGGAGUUCAGUGUCGGACGCGUCCAGAUGAACUUCCUGCAUCUGCUGAGUGCCGGAGCCGAGCAACGAAUCACUAUCCACUGCUUGAACGUGACAAUCUGGAGCCACGCCCCCUCCGAGCCUCCGUCCCAGAAUGCAGUUCGGUUCCAGGCGUGGACCGGAGAGACGCUGGAGCCGGAUGUGUUAACAGACACCUGCUGGCAACUGAACGGUCGCUGGCAACACGCUGACUUCCUGUUCCGGGUGUCGGACCCUGCUUUACUUCCUGUCGUACGCAUAGGCAACUUACCAAAGACAACGGCCCCAUCGCGCUUUCAUCUAGAAGUCGGACCUGUGUGCUUCCUGUAGUGUGUGGGAGAUUAUAAGUGUGUGUGCUUGUCAAACACACAGGCCCCGCCCACGUACCGCCCCCUUCGACAUUCAGCCACAGAUUGGACUGCAGAAACAGAAAGAGGUGGUGUGGGCGGGGCUUUGGGGGAUUUAGCACUAGAGACUCCUACAUUCUAAAGGAAAUCCCGCCCCUACCAGCCAUGGAUGUCCAGUCAGAUUUGACUCCUCUAGAAAACAAGCCAAUCAUCUCGCAGGGACGAACACUCAGGACAUCCAGGCCGGAGAAACUGCCAAGCCCUCUGGCUCACUCUUUCUCUCUUCUUCUCUGUCUGUCUCGGCCUAUUUCUUUUGUGCUUGCUGUCUUUCAAAUUAUUAAUAAUAAUAAUAAUAAUAAUAAUAUUAAGUUAUUAUAAUACUUGUGCUUUUCAGCAGAAUCAGCAGUUUAUUGAAGAGAUGAAUUAAGAUCAUUGGGAGGUAUUAUAUGUAUAUAUACACUUAUUGUUUAUCUGAUCUUUUAUAUGGUAAUUUUGUCACAUGUAAAAAAAAAUGCUAAAGUGCAAUAGGAAAACGAAGAAAAAAUAAUUGAUUAUUGAUUAUAUAUUAAGUGUGUGUCUCAUUAAGGAAGGUUUUUCAGGGGUGUUGUCAUUCAAACGUGUCAUUUUAACACUCCAUCAGACAGGGAAGUGUGUGUGUUUGUGUAAAUGAGUGACUGUGUGACUGUGUGUGUGUGUGUGUGUGUGUGUGUGUGUGUGUGUGUGUGUGUGUGUUUAUGUGACGGAUCAGUAAACAUAUGAAGGUGCAUGUUUCUAGCAAACGUACAGACACACCUGUGCAUAUCAACAUACAUUGCCCUUGUUUUUAAAACAGCCUGUCACUUUAAGGGGGCGUGUCUCAAUCAAAUGGGUGUGUCUUGUUCAAAGGGUUUAUAAGGGUGAAUCCCUCAUGAAAACACAUCUGGGUCAUAUUUCACCUAAAAUGAGAAGGAAAGCACAAAUUUGCAUGGUGAAAUUUUUGUGAAACAUAUUCAACAACCAAAAAUAUGCAUUUUCAUAUUUUUAUAGUUACUAUUAUAAUUUGGAUUAUUUGCUAUGAAGAUUAUUACAGUAAUACAGAAAUUUUUAAUUCCUGAAAUAUUACGGUAUAACAGUAAUGAGUAUUUCAAGCAAAAAUUUGGUUAAUUGUCAUGAAAAU